AUGGCCUUCUUCCAACCCUCAGAUUGGCACGAGGGUGAGAAAGCCAUUCACAAACGGACACGAGUCGAAUACAAUGACAACCCGACAUCUCCCUUUCUCUACCCUCGUGCCGCACACCAAGCUUCCCGCUACCCACUCCUGGCAUUCGGCGCCCUCGACAGCGACAACAACCCGUGGUGCACUGUCUGGGGAACAGGCGAGCCACCCAUCGCACAAGCCAUCGGUCAGAGCGUCCUAGGUAUCCGCACAGUCGUUGACGCGUCCUUCGAUCCCGUGGUCCAGGCCAUAUACCAAGGCAAAUCCGACGGCGAAGUUCUGCGCGAAGACGGCACCACUCGUCUCAUGAGCGCCUUGAGCAUCAACCUUGAAGAACGGGGACGUCUCAAGCUGGCAGGCUAUGUAGUAGCCGGCGCUCUGAACGUCAAUCCAGACUCCUCCUCCGCUGCUACGUCUCCCGACACCUCUAUCAAGGACGAAUCGUCCGGUAAAGCAGGCGAGAUCCAACUAGUCACGCAAAUCACUCAAGCUCUCGGCAACUGUCCCAAAUACCUCAACAAGAAACUGAUCACGUCCUCGACCCCGACACCCAAACUUCUAUCGACAUCUCCCCAUCUCACCGACGCCGCCCUGGCCAUCAUUGCCAAGUCCGACCUCUUCUUCCUCACAACCUCGCACGAACACGAAGACAUGGACUGCAACCACCGCGGUGGCCCCCCGGGGUUUGUGCGGGUUGACCAACCCUCGUCCUCGACGUCUCCCACAUCCCUAGUCUGGCCCGAGUACUCGGGUAACAAUCUCUACCAGACCCUUGGCAAUCUCGAAACCACCCCUCGAGCGGGCCUGGUCUUUCCCGACUUCGAGACGGGCGACGUGCUCUACGUGACAGGCGAGACCACCACCCUCGUCGGCACCGAAGCGUCCAACGUGAUCGCGAAAUCGACCCUCGCCGUACGUCUGAACAUCACAUCGGCACGACUUGUCCAGACAGGCCUGUCUUUCCGCGGCACACCCACCGACGACGCCACGCACGGCCUAUCACCGUACAACCCGCGCGUGCGGUACUUGUUAUCCGAACAGAAAGAGACCACCACCGCGGGCGCCACGCCAGGCUCUUCCCCGCCGACGACUGCUUCCCUCGUGGCCAAGACCCGUCUGACACCCACCAUCACACGCUACCGUUUCGCACUCGGCGACCCGGCGGUCUUCGGGCCCUGGAAGCCAGGACAGUACGUCACCUUGGACGUCUCGGCCGAUCUGGACUUGGGAUACAGCCACAUGCGGGACGACGACCCGACGAGUCUCAACGACGACUUCAUCCGCACCUUCACCGUGUCCAGCGUUCCGGGGGCAUUGGGCGUCCACGGGGAGGAAUUCGAGAUCACGGCUCGAUCGGUAGGCACCGUGACGAACUGGCUCGAACGGCAGCGCCCGGGGAUGUGCGAGGUUGGGAUCCGUGGGUUUGGAGGAGACUUUGUGUUCGACUGGGGUGACACUGCCGCCGACAACAAGGCCGAUACCAAGACCGCGAGGAAGAAGACCAUCGGCUUCGUCGCAGCCGGCAUCGGCAUCACACCGCUCCUUGGCCAGAUGGGUAGCAUUCCUGAGGACGCCGACGACGGCAGCAGCAGCAACACCGACAACAUCAGCGCCCCCGCGUCACCACCGCGACUCAGGGUCUGGUGGAGCCUGGGUGCCAAGGACGUCAAUUUGGCUCUGGACAUUUUACAGACAUACCCUCGCCUGAGCCGUGCGACGAAGUUGUUCAUAACUGGUUGGACGGGGGGCAGCGGCCAGAGCACGUCUUCGACUCCAGCUGCCGGUGGCGCCAAAGCGCAUACAACCACAGAAUCGGACGCGGAUUCCGCCGUGCUGGCCAAACUCGCCGAGACCGGCGUGACGAUCUACAAGAGGAGACUGGCACGAGAAGACUUGUUGGAUGAUCCCGGGCUGAAGGACGACGGCAAUGACAACGCAGCAGCCGAUGCCGACGACGACGACACCACGAGAGUCGACAACUGGUACAUAUGUACCGCGCCCGCCAUGAGAAAGGUCGUUCAGGGAUGGAUGCCGGAUAAAGCUUUCGUCUUUGAGAAUUUUGAUUACUGA